AUGUUCUCGAUCCCUGCUAUGCGAAGUCUGGUCAUACUCUUAGUCAGUCUGGCGACAACUGUCCGAGGGCAAACUGAAGAAUGGCCGGUGCAUGCCAAUGCUGCUGUGCCAGAGGUGAACAUGACAGAGGUCUUCUCAUACCCAAUGCUUCCCGUGCACAAGGAGGCUUGGUCAAGGGAAUCCUGGGACGGUCUCACAACGUUUGCUGCAGCAUCCCCCCUCAGGUGCUUCGGUGCAGACUCCGAGACACCGUACGAUGUCGCUGUCCUCGGUGCUCCUUUCGAUACGACGACGAGCUACCGACCCGGUGCCCGGUUUGGCCCCAAUGGCAUUCGUCAGGGAGCGCGGCGUAUUAACGUCAAUAGUAUCAACAUCAAUAUGAAGAUGAAAGUCUCUGAGCAUAUAGAUGUCGUUGACUGUGGUGACGUCCCUAUGGUAUACACUGACAACAAGGUCGCCCUGCGUCAACUCGAGGCCGCGAACAAGAUGAUUUUGAAUCACACAAGCCUGCGUAUACACAAGGGCGAGAGCAUUGCUAAGGAUGGCAAGUUCCAUCCCCGAGUGCUGACUUUGGGAGGCGACCACACUAUCACACUCCCAUUACUUCGUGGGAUCAAUGAGACUUAUGGCCCGGUCAGCGUGAUCCAUUUUGACAGUCACAUUGGUGGGGUCCCAUUACACUUUGGUUAUAUCCCGCCGCUCAAGUCCUGUGAGCAGAUACAAGAACCUAGAUCGAUGCCUAAUAGCCCGUGGUAUCCAGGAGAGGAGAUCCCUGUGUCUCAUGGCAGCUAUUUCUGGUAUGCUCACAACGAGGGGCUACUCGCGCCCGACAACAAGAACAUCCACGUUGGCAUCCGCAAUAGGCUAGGCAGCUGGGCAGACUACGACAACGAUUAUGAAGUCGGCUUCGUGAUCUCCACGGCAGAAGAGUUCGAGGAGAUUGGUUGGCGCGGCGUCGUGAAGCAGAUCUGGGACACCGUUGGCGACAACCCGGUCUACAUGACGCUGGACAUCGACGCAAUUGAUCCUGGAUCCGCACCUGCAACUGGGACUCCUGAGAUUGGCGGCAUCACGACAAGGGAAAUCAAAAAGAUUAUGCAAGGUCUCGCUGGCCUCAAGAUUGUCGGCGCAGACAUUGUGGAGGUAGCACCAGGUUACGAUACCCAGGCUGAACUCACGUCAAUCGCCGCAGCCAACAUCGGAUGGGAUAUGCUGGCUUUGAUGGCGAAGACCCCUUUGGUAAAAUAG